AUGGUGGCCACCGAGGGGCUGCGCGAGAUGGAGGGCAGCGCGCUGCGCCGGCUCGUGGGCCGCGACGAGGCCGGGGCCGGCGGCGCCGCGCGGUGCCUGGUGCUGGACUGCCGCCCCUUCCUGGCGCACAGCGCCGGGCACAUCCGCGGGGCGCUCAACGUGCGCUGCAACACGAUCGUGCGGCGGCGGGCCAAGGGCGCCGUGAGCCUGGAGCAGAUCCUGCCGGCCGAGGGCGAGGUGCGGGCGCGGCUGCGGGCCGGGCUCUACGCCGCCGUCGUGGUGUACGACGAGCGCAGCCCGCGCGCCGAGGCCCUGCGCGAGGACAGCACCGUGGCGCUCGUGGUGCGCGCGCUCCGUCGCGACACGGCGCGCGCCGACAUCCGCCUCCUGGCAGGGGGCUAUGAGCGCUUCUCCUCGGAGUACCCCGAAUUCUGCGCAAAAACCAAGUCCCUGAGCAAUGUGUCACCCCCCACCAGCGCUGAGCCCCUGGAUCUGGGCUGCAGUUCCUGUGGGACCCCCUUCCAUGACCAGGGUGGGCCUGUGGAGAUCCUUUCCUUCCUCUACCUUGGCAGCGCCUACCACGCAGCCCGGCGGGACAUGCUCGACGCACUGGGCAUCACAGCCCUGCUGAACGUCUCCUCAGACUGCCCCAACCACUUCGAGGGGCACUACCAGUACAAGUGCAUCCCUGUGGAGGACAACCACAAAGCUGACAUCAGCUCCUGGUUCAUGGAGGCAAUUGAGUUCAUUGACUCGGUGAAGGAGUGCUGUGGCCGUGUCCUGGUGCACUGCCAGGCUGGCAUCUCCCGCUCGGCCACCAUCUGCUUGGCGUACCUGAUGAUGAAGAAGCGUGUCAAGCUAGAGGAGGCCUUCGAGUUUGUCAAGCAGCGCCGGAGCAUCAUCUCCCCCAACUUCAGCUUCAUGGGGCAGCUGCUGCAGUUCGAGUCGCAGGUGUUGGCCACUUCGUACGCAGUGGAGGCCGUCAGCCCCUCGGGGACGCUGCGGGAGCGGGGCAAGGCCACCUCCACCCCCACCUCGCAGUUUGUCUUCAGCUUCCCGGUGUCUGUCGGUGUCCAUGCCACCCCCAGCAGCCUGCCCUACCUGCACAGCCCCAUCACCACGUCGCCCAGCUGUUAGCUCAGGGCCAGGCCAGCUGGGCAGGCAGUGCCGGGCGUGCAGGGGCGCCGAGCCCCGCGAUGUUAAGCAAUAGUGCCGGACACUGCCCUUCACCCUGGACUCGCCAUCUUUUUCGUAGAGAAAUUUCUUACCUCAUCUUGGUUUGUUUGCUUUUUAUUGUGAUGUUUUAAAAGCACGAAGUUGUAAAAGCCACAAACCUUGACAUUGUCCAGGCUCUUCGGGGGAGGAACAAAAUAGUAUACUGGGUUUCCUCAAGUGCCUGGUCUUCACGUAUUUCCAUCCCCAUUUUACUGUCUUGUUUUUUACACCUCCCCUUCUCCCCAUGUUUCUGGUCCCAGCUCAUCUAGGUUGACAAGGGAGCAUUCCCUGUUUUUAUCGUGCAGCAGCCUUCCCUCUUGCAGAGACACCUUGGUGUGUGUGGUGGGUGCUGCUUACCUGAGCCAGGUACACUUUGGACAAGCAGAGCUGCAGGCAGGGCCUUGGGGCGAGCAGGAGUGGUGGCAUGGGGCUGCCUGCACUCAACCUCAGCCCUGCCAGUGCCUGGGGAGAUAAGGCAGGAGUUGGCAGGCACCUGCCAAAUCACCAGCUGAGCCUAUUCCAGGGGGAGAGUAAUCUUUGUGGUUGGGAAGUGGUUUGGAGGGAGAGAUGUAGUCUGAAAUGCCUCUUUUCUUGCCUCUGUGGAUCACUGGUUUCUAGAAAACUUAGGUCCAAUCUCCUGUGGCUUUAAGAUGAGAAAGAAGGGGUUGGGGCAGCAGUCUGGGCUGCUUUUGAUUACUCUGUUCAGUUUCCUCUUCACCCGUCCCACUGCUGCUCUUCUUCCAAAAGUAGCAGGAAGGGACAUGGGUGGGCCAUAAUGGAAGAGAGAAGCUGUGGGGUGGAGGACAGGCUGGCCCAGAGGUGUCAUUCAUCCAGCAUUUUCAAGCUUCUCCCACCUCAUGACCAGCCCUUUUCCUGUGCUGAGUCUUGUUCACCUGUGCAACAUUUCUGCAGCUUUUGGCCCAAGCCUUGAAAAUGCCUCAUCUUCAACCCACCUGGAGCCUUAUUUCCCACCCUACCUCUGUCCUUCCCUCCAGCCCAGUCCAACACACAAGAUGCCUGUGUGGCUGAUGUACAUAUGUAUGGUUUUGUUCCUUUUUUUUUUUUUCUAGAAAUUAACUUUUUAUUUAUUGCCUGAGGGAAGGAGAAAACAUUGUUUGGAGAAAAUAAAAAUAAAACUGUUUUCAACA